AACCCUGUCCCAUCAGCCUGCUGCAUGGUGCUCGCCGUGGUGGUGGUGGUGUACGCCCAGAGACACAGCCAGCAGGAGAGCCACAUCCAGUAUGAGCGGGUAGGCGCGGACGUGACCAUGAAGUGUGGCUCCAUGGACUGGGACGCAGCCGUGACCUGGACAGCCAAUGGCACCGACAUCGAUGAGUCCCACCUGAACGGAUCCUACCUGAUCCUGAAGAAAGUCGACCUGACACAGAGCGGCCAGUACUCCUGCUAUGAGGGCUCCUCCUGGCACCUGAAAUACCAGACCUACCUGAGGGUGGGAACCCCCCCGAGGGAGCCAGUGCUGAUGUGCCGGUCCAACAACUACCCGAAAGGUUUCUACUGCAGCUGGCACCUGCCCACUCCCACCUACAUCCCCAACUCCUUCAACAUCUCUGUCAUACACGGCACGAGAGAGAUGGUCUGCGAGAAGGAUGUCUUUCCCAAAAACAGGUGUCACAUCAGAUACCUGCAGCUCUUCUCGACAGUGAAGUACAAGGUGACUCUGACAGUCACGAAUCCUCUGGGCAAAAACUCCACCACUGUCACCUUUGACGAGUUUGCCAUAGUAAAGCCGGACCCGCCGGAGAGCGUGGUGGCCAAACCCGUGCCCAAUAACCCUCGGAGGCUGGAAGUGUCAUGGCAAAACCCCUCGUCCUGGCCCGACCCCGAGUCUUUCCCACUCAAGUUCUUCCUGCGGUAUCGGCCCCUCAUCCUGGACCAGUGGCAACAUGUUGAGCUGUCGGACGGGACAUCACACACCAUCACGGAUGCCUAUGCUGGCAAGGAGUACAUCAUCCAGGUGGCGGCCAAGGACAAUGACAUCGGCACGUGGAGUGACUGGAGCGUGGCCGUCCAUGCCACCCCCUGGACUGAGGAGCCCAAGCAUCUCACCACGGAGGCCCAGGUCACAGAGACAACAAGCGCUAGCACCUCCUCUUUCAUGCCGCCCCCCACCACCAAGAUCUGCGACAAGGGGGCUGUGGUGGGCAGUGGGGCCGUGGCAGUGUGUUGGACAGCUGGACUGGUCUUGGCUGCCUAUGGUGUCCUCUUUAUUUAAUCCCCAUCUGUCCGUCCGUCCGUCGCAGCCCAGCGCAGACGCCUUCCCACCGCCCACCGCUGCCACCACCCCCCACCCUGCUGCCCCCCUCCCGGGUUGAGUCUCUUAUCUCUUCGAUUUUGCACACGUUGAGGACGUAUCACACUUUUCGCCGUCGCUUCGGAGGAGGACAGAGCUGCCGCCGUCCCCUGGGGAGCUGCAAAA